AUGUACAAUUUUGAAGGAAGAUAUGAUCUAGUUAGGUUCAUUAAGACAGUGCAAAAAGUGGGGCUCUAUGUUAAUCUUCGCAUUGGACCUUAUGUUUGCGCCGAGUGGAACUUUGGGGGAAUUCCUGUUUGGUUGAAGUAUGUUCCGGGUAUAAGCUUUAGAACCGAUAAUGAGCCUUUCAAGGCUGCAAUGCAAGGUUUUACUCAGAAGAUUGUUCAAAUGAUGAAGAGUGAAAACUUGUUUCAGUCUCAGGGUGGUCCAAUCAUUCUUUCUCAGAUUGAGAACGAAUACGGACCAGAGAGCAAGGCGAUGGGAGCUGCUGGUCAUGCAUACCUAAACUGGGCUGCAUAUAUGGCUGUUGGAUUGGGAACAGGAGUCCCUUGGGUGAUGUGCAAAGAAAUUGAUGCCCCAGAUCCUGUGAUUAAUUCGUGUAAUGGCUUUUACUGUGACGAUUUCUCUCCAAAUAAACCAUAUAAGCCUAGCAUGUGGACCGAGUCUUGGAGUGGCUGGUUUACCGAAUUUGGUGGCCCGAUUCACCAGCGACCAGUUCAAGAUCUGGCAUUUGCAGUUGCUCGUUUCAUUCAGAAGGGCGGAUCAUAUGUGAAUUACUACAUGUAUCAUGGAGGAACUAAUUUCGGACGUUCCGCUGGGGGUCCGUUCAUUACUACAAGCUAUGAUUACGAUGCUCCAAUCGAUGAAUAUGGUUUGAUUAGGCAACCGAAAUAUAGCCAUUUGAAGGAUCUUCAUAAAGUGAUCAAGCGAUGCGAGCAUGCUUUGGUUUCUUCGGACCCUACUGUUACAUCGUUAGGAACAUACCAGCAGGCUCAUGUAUUCUCUGCAGAAACUGCAGGAUGUGCAGCUUUUCUCGCAAACUAUCAUGUACAAUCUGCUGCUACCGUAGUUUUCAAUAAUAAGCACUAUGACUUGCCUCCAUGGUCCAUAAGCAUCCUUCCCGAUUGCAAAACUUCCGUAUUUAAUACCGCAAAAUCUGAGUUCAUUUACCUCACUUGGCUCCGUUCGAAGUUCGAUGAGUUUCUUAAAUCUCUGAUAGAUGUUCUUGUAUCGGAUCAAUCUGAUGAAACUCUGAAGGAAGUUGUGUUGGAUACGUUGAUGGAGUUUGUGAAGGUUGCUAAUGGCGGCACCUUUCAUUCUUCGUUGUAUAACAGAAUUAUCAGUAGUAUUAUUCACUCUGCUAGUUCUGCUGAAUUUUUGAUUGAUUUACUAACAUCAAAGUAUUUCAAGUAUAUUGAUGUCAGUGCAUUUGCAUUUCAUCCAACUCUAGAAUGGAUUUUUGUUGGAGAUCGACGUGGUACACUAUUGGCAUGGGAUGUAUCAAUCGAGAAGCCUAGUAUGAUUGGAAUAAUUCAAGUUUGCUCGCAACCAAUAACUUCUGUUGCUUGGCUGACCACUUUGCGUAUGCUUGUAACCCUAUCAAAGGAUGGAAAUAUGAAGGUUUGGAAAACACGGGUUAUAGCUAAUCCUAAUAGACCUCCUAUGCCAGCAAAUUUUUUUGAGACUGCUGCAAUUGAAGCAAUUGAUAUCCCACGUAUCCUUUCUCAACAAGGUGGAGAAGCAGUGUAUCCCUUACCGCGAAUCAAAGCUAUAGAAUUUCAUCCAAAGUCUAAUUUGGCAGCAUUAGUGUUUGCAAAUGCAGCAAGUGGAGAUACUUCAAAAAACGAAACUGUAUCCAAUAGAGAAAGGAGAAAGCAACUUUUUGCAGUUUUGCAAGGUGCACGUGGAUGUAAAAAGUAUCUAGGUACUUGUUUAAACAAAGAGAGCAAUAUGAAGAGUAGUUACUUGUUUUUUACAGCCUUCAUGGCCUUAGCAUCUUGUGCUUUAGCAUUUGAUCCCAGCCCUCUACAAGACUUUUGUGUAGCUAUCAAUGACACCAAUAAUGGUGUGUUUGUUAAUGGAAAAUUGUGCAAAGAUCCAAAACUUGCCACUGCAAAUGACUUCUUUUUCUCAGUGAAAGAAGGAAACACGUCAAAUUCACUUGGCUCAAAAGUGACACCGGUUGCAGUUAACGAGAUAUUAGGAUUAAACACUCUCGGUAUCUCUCUUGCUCGCAUUGACUUUGCACCUAGGGGACUAAAUCCUCCACACACUCAUCCAAGAGCUACUGAGAUUCUUAUAGUUUUGGAGGGUACUCUCUAUGUUAGUUUUGUUACUUCUAAUCCGCAAAAUCGUCUCAUUACAAAAGUACUCAACAAAGGAGAUGUAUUUGUGUUCCCUAUUGGUCUCAUUCACUUUCAGUUGAAUGUGGGAUAUGGAAAUGCGGUUGCCAUUGGUGGACUUAGCAGUCAGAAUCCAGGAGUUAUCACAAUUGCUAAUGCUGUGUUUGGAUCUAAUCCAAAAAUUUCUUCAGAUGUUCUCACAAAGGCUUUUCAAGUGGACAAUAAGAUAGUUGACAAUCUCCAGAAACAGUUUUGGUAUGACAACAACUAG